AAGUCGUAGUAUAUCUAUGUCAUCACUUCCUGUCGCCAUCGUAUUUAUUAUUUGUGUUUCUACACUUGUCAAGUUUUCAAAAUGAAUCGUUUAUUUGGAAGGGCCAAGCCCAAGGAACCUCCGGCAAAUUUAAAUGAUUGCAUUAGUAAUAUUGAUUCUAGAGGUGAAUCAAUAGACAAAAAAAUCAAUAGAUUGGAUAUGGAAUUGAAGAAAUACAAAGAUCAAAUGAAAAAGAUGCGAGAAGGGCCUUCCAAGAAUACUGUAAAGCAAAAGGCUAUGCGAGUAUUGAAACAAAAGAAAAUGUAUGAACAACAGCGAGAGCAACUUGAUAAUCAAUCAUUCAAUUUGGAACAGCAGAACUUUGCCAUCCAGUCACUAAAAGAUACGAAAACUACAGUAGAUGCAAUGAAGAGUGGAGUAAAGGAAUUCAAGAAAGCUUACAAGCAUGUCAAAAUUGAUGACAUUGAAGUAAAUGCCUUUUGCUAUUUCUUUUAAAGUUUUAUUAAAACCUUGUACAGUAACCCCUCAAACUAUCAUGGGUAUUAUGUUUCAAAA